AUGUCUUCUCAAAGAGUCAGUGGGAGAGCAAACCCAAUCUCCUUCCUGGAAGUGUCAGAGACUGAGGCUGGCCAGCAUGUCCAGGAAACCAGAAACCAAACCAGCGUCUCUGACUUCCUGCUUCUGGGCUUCUCUGCACACCCUGAGCAGCAGCCUCUCCUGUUCGGACUCUUCCUGGGCAUGUACCUGGUCACCGUGUUGGGGAACCUGCUCAUCAUCAUGGCCAUUGGUUCUGACCAGCACCUCCACACCCCCAUGUACUUCUUCCUGGCCAACCUGUCCUUCGUUGAGACCUGCGUCACCUGCACCAUUGUCCCCAAGGUGCUGGCAAACAUCCUGACACAGCGCCACACCAUCUCCCACACUGGGUGCCUCGUGCAGAUGUACUUCUUCAUGGCGCUGACCCUGCUGGAUGACUUCCUGCUGGCCGUGAUGGCAUAUGACCGCUACGUGGCCAUCUGCCUUCCUCUCCACUACACCACGAUCAUGCGUCCCCAGCGCUGCCUGCUGCUGGUCGCCGCAUCCUGGCUCUGCUCCCACCUCCUGGCUUCCUCGCUCACCCUCCUCAUGUCUCAGUUCUCCUUCUGUGCCUCUCAUGCCAUCCCACACUUUUUCUGUGAUCUUCUCCCUCUCCUCAAACUUGCCUGUUCAGACACCCAGAUCUUUCAGGUCAUGAUGUUUGCUGAAGCAGCCCUCUCAGGUGUGGUCCCUCUCACCUGUGUCCUGGUCUCUUAUGCCCACAUCAUGCACACAGUUCUCAGGAUUCCCUCUGCUGGGGGGAAACACAAAGUCUUCUCGACCUGUGGCUCUCACCUGUCAGUGGUUACUCUCUUCUACGGGACGCUCUUUCUGGUGUAUUUCCAGCCCUCAUCCACCUAUUCAGCAGAAAUAGGAAUGGUGGCAUCUGUAGUAUAUACGAUGGUCACCCCCUUGCUGAACCCCUUUAUCUACAGCCUGAGGAACAGGGACAUGAAAGGGGCCCUAGGUAAACUUGGGGAGAGAGAAGCCGAAGGUCUCAACAGCACCUUGCUCUCUCAGGGCUGUGACCUUGACACCGGCUCCCACUGUGGGAACAAGGGCAGAGCUACAUUCCGAGGAGAGGAGAGGACAUACUGCAUUCCAUCCAUGGGGACUGGGCUCCAAUUAGAAAAGUGUGACUCCAUGGUAGAGCCAGGCCCCGGUCAGGACCAGGGCUACGAGGAUGGAUCCAAGCAGCACGUCACCCCAGGGAAAACCAGGAAGGCCAUCUGGUCAUCUGAACGGUCUUAUCACUGGCACUGCUGGGACUCAGGGGACCACGAAGCAGAAGGGCCAGCUGGGAGGUUGGACAAUCGCCCCACCUAG